UGCUCAAAAAUUUAUACGAAAUUUUCCGCCAAUAUCACCUCUCCAAACUAUCCAAAUGCAUAUCCAGAAUCAGUAAGAUGCUGUUCAAGAAUCAUCCUAAAUGACACCAAAGUAAUCUUUUUGUGGUUCAAUUCCUUUAAUAUUGAAUAUGAAAGUUCAUGUUCGUACGAUUAUAUAUUUGUUUUACCUGGAAAAGCUGCUAAUCAAGAGUGCAAUGAUGCCAUAGUUAGCGCUUCGACUCCACCGCAAUGUGGAAAAACAUUACCCAAACCAUUCUCUAUACAGAGCAAUGUCGUUUUGAUUUAUUUUCGUAGUGAUGAUGUUCGUGAUGGUAGCAACGGUUAUCAGUUAGGUUACGAAGGAGGUAGGUUCAUUCCGAAUACUUUUGUAGUUUCCAAUUUUGAUAAUCUUCUCAUAAAAUAUUAUUAA